CGGCGAGGUCCGUCAGAUUCAGUCCGGGGCUGGAACGUCUGGGGAGGACUUCUGGGGUGCUGCGACCGCAGUCGCUUCCCGGGACCUGCGGGAGGGGUGCAGGGUCUUGGCCGAUCUUCAGAGAUGAGCAGAGAUGGUCUGUUCCUCUGGUCUGCAGAGACGAGCCCCGCAUUCGGCCGAGUGAGGAGCCGAGUGGCUUUUCAGCCUCAGAGCUGAGAAAAGGGCAGAUGGAGGAUCAACAGGAGCCGCCCCUACGGGCUCGAACGCAGAUUCAGAACAGGGUCCUGCUCCUGACCAUCUGUGCGGCCGGCAUUGGUGGAACUUUUCAGUUCGGCUACAACCUCUCCAUCAUCAAUGCCCCGACCUGGCACAUUCAGGAAUUCACCAAUGAGACAUGGCAGGCACGUACUGGCAAGCCACUACCUGCCCACCUGGUGCUGCUUGUGUGGUCCCUCAUCGUGUCUCUGUAUCCCCUGGGGGGGCUCUUUGGAGCACUGCUUGCAGGACCCAUGGCCAUCACACUGGGAAGGAAGAAGUCCCUCCUGGUGAAUAAUGUCUUUGUGGUGGCCGCAGCGAUCCUGUUUGGCUUCAGCCGCAAAGCAGGCUCCUUUGAGAUGAUCAUGCUGGGGAGACUACUCGUGGGAGUCAGUGCAGGCGUGAGCAUGAACGUCCAGCCCAUGUAUCUGGGAGAGAGUGCCCCCAAGGAGCUCCGGGGAGCUGUGGCCAUGACCUCAGCCAUCUUCACAGCACUGGGAAUCGUAAUGGGACAAGUGGUUGGACUCAGGGAGUUCCUGGGUGGCCCUCAAGCUUGGCCCCUACUGCUGGCCAGCUGCCUCGUGCCAGGUGUGCUCCAGCUCUUCUCCCUGCCCCUGCUCCCUGAGAGCCCACGCUAUCUCCUCAUUGACCGUGGAGACACCGAGGCCUGCCUGACAGCACUGCAGCAGCUGCGGGGCACCAGGAAUGUGGCAGGGGAACUGGAGGAGCUGGAGGAGGAGCGUGCCGCCUGCCAGGGUUGCCACACAUGGCGCCCGUGGGAGCUGUUCCAGCAUCAGGCCCUGCGGAGGCAGGUGACAAGCCUCGUGGUGCUGGGCAGUGCCAUGGAGCUCUGCGGGAAUGACUCGAUGUAUGCCUAUGCCUCCUCUGUGUUCCGGGAGGUGGGGGUGCCCGAAGAGAAGGUGCAGUAUGCCAUUAUCGGCACUGGGAGCUGCGAGCUGCUCACCGCCAUUGUCAGCUGUGUGGCAAUUGAGAAGGUGGGUCGGCGGGCGCUGCUGAUGGGGGGAUACUGCCUGAUGACCUGCUGGGGGAGCAUCUUCACCGUGGCCCUGUGCCUGCAGAGCUCUUUACGCUGGAUGCCCUACCUGGCCACCACCUGCAUCUUCGCCUUCAUCCUCAGCUUUGGCGUUGGCCCCGCUGGAGUGACAGGGAUCCUGGCCACAGAGCUGUUUGACCAGACGGCCCGGCCGGCUGCCUACAUGGUCUGUGGGGCACUUAUGUGGACCAUGCUCUUCCUGGUUUGGCUGGGCUUCCCCUUCAUCAUGGAGGGCUUGUCCCACUUCCUCUAUGUUCCUUUCCUUGGUGUCUGUGUCUGUGGGGCCAUCUACACUGGCUUGUUCCUCCCUGAAACCAAAGGCAAGACUUUCCUGGAGAUCUCCGAGGAGUUACACAGACUCAACUUCCCCAGGCGGGCCCAGGGCCCCACGUGGAAGGGCCCAGAGGUUAUCCUGUCUACAGAGCUCUAGUCCCAAAGUAUGGCCAGGGCCAAAGCCAGCCACUGCCCUGUCCUUUGCUGCCUGUCAGGACCUUGGCCGUCACUCACUCCUGCACCCCUAUGUUGAACAAGUGGUUAUUGGGCACCUGUUGUGUGCAGACAUGGUGCCAGGUACUUAGCAAUCCGUGACGAGAGUGGUGAUCCAGUCUAGAGGCAAGACUCUGACAGGAAACCAAUAACAACAUCAUGACAACCUCAGGAAAUGAAGUGGAAGCAAAAUAUAGGUUGUGAUGGGAAUGUGUCCUCAGGAGCCUGACCUAGUCUGGGAGGGAAGUGGCCAGGAAAGGAUUUUUCUAAGGAAUUGGUUCUUUCAAUCAACUUUAUUGAGGUAUAAUUUGCAUACGAGCAAAUGCAUCCAUCUUAAGUAUACGUUUGCGUUUUAACUGAUGCAUACACCCAUGCAACACACCCUUAAUCAAGAUGGAAGACUUGCAUCACCCCAGAAGCACUCUCGAACCAGGCCCAGCUCCAAGCAGUCCCUGGACUGUUUUCCAUCACUAUCAAAUUUGCCUGUUUUAGAAUUCAGUAUAAUUACAUACUGUAUGUUUAUGUUUAUGUCAGGCUUUGCUCCGGAUAAAGUUGUUGGGACCCAUACAUGCUGUUGCAUAUCUUAGGCUACAUUCUUUUGUAUUGCUGAAUAGUAUACCCCUCUGUGGAUAGACCAUGACUUGUUUAUCCAUUUACCUACUGGUGGACAUUUGGGUUGUUUCUAAUUUUCGGCCAUCAUGAAUAAAACUGCUA